AUGUCAGGGGUUUGAAAGUAAUGUCUCAGACGGACAAGCUUGAGUGGUGAUCAAAGACGAGUUUUACAUUAAAAUCAGUGAAAGGUGUGGCCGGACAUCAGGUUAAAUAUUUAAAGCAAUAAAUUGACAAGUUAGUCCCCAGGUAGUUUACUUCAAGCUUUUGUGGUAUUGAUAAACAUGACUGCAGAGAGGCAGAGUUAGGGAAAGCCAGUCGUGUUAUGUGGUGGCUCUUCAGCGGUGGAAAAAACAUAAUGUAAUGUGCUACAUUUGUAGUACGCGUUUGACGAAACUGAGAGAUAAACACGACUGCAGGACUACAUCGGUCUAUGUGCAAACCGCUCGCGUGUGUGUUCCAUCUGAGGACUGCUGUAUGUGUUUACAUUCAUCGAUUUCUCUCCAAAAGAUUCAUUUUGGUUUUGGGAAAACGGUGUGAUGACACAGGUUACUAAAACGCAACACAAACACGUUGUGGAAUUACCUAUCAGAAAUUGCUAAGUGGUUUUUUUUCUUUACUAUGAGACGACAUUCCUGGACAUUUUGAAGCGUUACUGGUUGGAUUUCAAAGGCUAUCGAAGUAGUCAUUAUUGAACAGAGGAGCGUUUUACCUCGAUAAAAUGCUACUUGGAUGAAAGCUGAAGAAAAUCAAGAAACGAAAGCCCAAUGAGCGGCACACAGUCUACGAUUGCUGACAGGUUUAACAAAAAAGCAACCAGGACAGGAAGUAUUCUCAGUAAGGACCACCCCCCAGACAAAAAGCCCAAGAGUGACAAGCCAGCAGCCCCCACAUCACAUGAGUUUGACCCCACAGGGCUCGUCCAGCGCUGCGUUAUCAUCCAGAAAGAUGAGAAUGGCUUUGGGCUGACUGUGAGUGGAGAUAACCCUGUAUUUGUGCAGCUUGUAAAAGAAGAUGGAGCUGCCAUGCGGGCCGGUGUGCAGACAGGAGAUAGAAUCAUUAAGGUCAACGGAACAUUAGUUACACAUUCAAAUCAUGUAGAAGUUGUAAAAUUAAUCAAAUCGGGCUCCUAUGUGGCCCUCACGGUUUUGGGUAGGCCUCCGGGGCUGGCCCACAUCCCUCUGCCCGAGGCAGAAGAGGAAGGAGGUCCUCCUCUCUCCUCUCUGACGUCUCCUCACUCUCCAGGGCCCACCCCCACAGAACGCUCCUCCUCAACAUCAACAAGCCCCAGCGAUCGCAUCAGCUCCUCUCUGCCUGUCUGGGAGGACAACAAUGUCAUGCUCCACCAGAAGGUGGACAUCCUGCAGAAGAUGCUGACCAAGGAGCACCAAGACCCACAGGCUAUGAAGGAGGAAUACAUCAGGAACCUCCACCAGGGAGAAUCAGGUUCAGACGGAUCCUGGACCAACAACACCGCCUCCCCGGUCACGCCAGGUCCUCUCACUGCCCCCCUAGAGAGUCCGUGCCAAAGAGACACCCCCUGUCACAGUCCAAAGACCACUCCCAGGGACAGCCUCAACUCCUGCCCCUCCCCUGACGCCGAGGAAACGCCCGAGCUUGACUCCAACUCCCAGUCCGGUGUGGGAACGCCCUUGUCCCGCCCGGCUCCACAGAUCAUUGGUGCUGAAGAUGACGACUUUGACACAGAGCAAGAGCAGGUGAAUGGCCAGUGUAGUUGUUUCCAGAGCAUGGAGCUCCUGAAGUCUCGUCCAGCUCACUUAGCCGCUUUUCUCCAUCACGUGGUCUCUCAGUUUGACCCUGCACCACUGUUGUGCUACCUCUACGCUGAACUUUACAAGCACACCAACUCCAAAGAAACGCGGAGGAUAUUCAUGGACUUCCACACCUUCUUCCUGGACAGGGCAGCGAACCUCAAAGUAUCUGUCCCAGAGUCCAUCUCAGCUGAACUUGAUCGGCGGAGACCUGAGCUGAUCACAGAGGAUGUCCAAAGACAAUAUGUGCAGCAGGUUCAGGACACGCUUCUCUCUGAUAUCCAGAAGAACCUGGAGGACUUCAGGCAGAAGCGCAGUAUGGGUUUAACUCUGGCUGAAGCGGACUUGGCUCGUCUGGACAGUGAGAGAAUGAGAGACCGCGUGGCUCUGGAGAGAGAGCGCUCCUGUGCUGAACACAUCAUCUCCAAGAUAGAAGACGUCCUGUUGACGUCUCAGCCUACAGAAGAAGAGAAGUGUACUACAAUGCAGUAUGUGAUAGUUUCCUAUAUGAAGCACCUGGGUGUGAAGGUGAAGGAGUCGCGGGGGCUGGAGCCUAAACCCAAGCGGAUGAUGUUUCUGCCCAAAAUUAAGAAGAGCAUAAAGCCAGAGAAAGACGGAGGAGGAGAAGAAAAGGUGAAGAAGCCUCGAUUUCCCAGCAUCCUCGGCCCUCCGCGAAGACCCAGCAAGAUUGACGCCCCCUCAAUCGGUAAGGCUAUGGAGCUGAACAGGCAGCGGCCACAGAAGCAGAUGUCUCAGUCAGCCCUGGGAGCGGCAGAACAGGUGGACUCGACGUCGGGCCGUGUCCGGGGCAGUCAGUCCAGCGAGGGGUCAGACGGCACGGCCGCUUUCACCGCCUCUCCCCCUUACAGCGCUCCGGCUACACAGGACAGCAGCAACAGGGACUCUGACUCUGGUGGGACGCCCUCCUCGGCCCUGCCCAGGCUGAGCGACGGCGCCAGCGACGCGCUGGACUCCUCCUCGCAUGGCUCGGGCACACACUUUGACUUCAGCCCCUGCACCCUGGAGCACCUGCAGGAGGAGGAGCUGGAGAACGACAGGAAUCUGGAUGGAGGAACACCCAGGCCUGUUAGAAGGAUGGAUCCUUUGAGUUCGGCAGAGGUGCAGAGUGAGGACGACCAGGGGAACGAGGACAGCGAACAGGACCCUCUCAACUGGCAGACACUGGUCAGCAGAGACAUCCUAUCAGGACUCACUCCACAGGAAAUCAAGAGACAGGAAGUCAUCAACGAGCUCUUCUAUACGGAGCGUGCUCACCUGAGGAUGCUCAAAGUCUUGGAUAACGUCUUCUAUCAGAAGCUAACCCGAGACUCCAUCCUACCUCCAGCCGACAUCAAAAACAUUUUCACUAACCUGGAGGAAAUCGUCCAGCUCCACGUGUCCAUAACCGAGCAAAUGGCAGCAAUUCGGAAAAAGAAUGAAAAUUCAGUCAUUGACUCUAUAGGAGAUGAUCUGCUGUCUUGGUUUGGUGGUGCAGAGGAGGAAAAGAUAAAACAAGCGGUUGGCACCUUCUGCAGUAACCAGCCAUUUGCACUGGAGCUCAUCAAAAGCAGGCAGAAAAAGGACCAGCGCUUUAUCUCCUUCAUGCAGGAGGCGGAGAGUAAUCGCUUGUGUCGCAGGCUUCAGCUGAAGGACAUGAUUCCUGUGGAGAUGCAGAGACUAACCAAGUAUCCACUACUGUUGGAGAGCAUUGCCAAGUACACAGAGGAUGCUGCGGAGAGAAGUAAAGUGAAAAGAGCCGGAGAAUGCUGCCGGAAGAUUCUCAACCACGUCAACCAGGAGGUCAGAGAGGCAGAAAACAAACAGAGGUUGGAGGACUACCAGAGAAGACUAGACCUCUCCUCACUCAAACAGAGCGAAAAUCCCAUGAUCGCUGAGUUCAAGAACCUGGACUUGACCAAGAGGAAGAUGGUGCAUGAAGGUCCUUUGUCGUGGAAAGUGAAUAAAGACAAGACCAUUGAGUUAUACACGUUACUCUUGGAGGACAUCCUGGUGUUACUGCAGAGGCAGGAUGAGCGUCUGAUUCUGAAGUGUCACAGUAAAAACCUGGCCGGCACCGCCGACACCAAACACAUCUUCAGCCCCAUCAUUAAACUCAACACUGUGCUUGUUCGCUCUGUGGCCACAGACAACAAGUCCUUCUUUGUUUUGUCCAUGUCGGAUAAUGGAGCCCAGAUCUAUGAACUCAUGGCUCAGACCGUCUCGGAGCAGAAAACGUGGCAGUGUCUCAUAACAGAGAUGGCAGAUGCUAUGAAGACAAAACAGCCCAAUAUCAUUCCAUUACCUCAGAAUGAUGGUGAACGUGAAGCAGAUGAGGUAGAGAAACUGAAUAAAGACUCUGACCGCAUCUCCACUGGAAGCACACAGUCCCCAGAGAAAGAGCUUGGCUCUCGCUCAGAGAUACUGCAAACUCAACCUGCCAGCACCAAUCCCUUUGAUACCAAAUCUGAGGAUGAGGAGGAGGAAGACGGACUGGAAGCCGACCUCGCCGAAAGACUAGCCGACCUCCCGGAGAGGUCACGGCAGGUUAUCGCUUUAGACGAGGAAGACGCCGAUGUGUUUGGCCUUCCUCCGUCUAAGGCUGAGGAAGCCCUACAGACCUUGGCCGCUCUGAGACAGCUGCUGAUUAAGCACAUGGCAGCUCAAGAGGAGGCGGCAAGAGGAGAGCCAGUUGGCGGCGAGGAGAAGAGGAGCGGCUCCCUGCCGGGCCCCGGGGAGACAGGAGGCCCAGGGGACUCCGCAGACAACGUGUCCGACAAGACAGAGACUGGACGGGCUAAAACGGAACCGCCUGCAGAACUACCCCCCAGCGACACCGGCUUCUUUGAGACGACAGAGGAUUAUGCAGCCACAUACAUGCUCCUGGAGGGCUGCGGAGGAGCAGGGGAGAGCAGCACGGACGAUGACCUCCUGGCAGGAGACUCCGACAUCGACCUGAAGAAACUCCUCUCCUCCUCUUCUUCCUCCCAGAGCGGCAGCGGGCCCGACCUCAGCCGACAGAUCAUGACACACAUACGCCUCCUCCAGGCCAACCUGCAGGAGCUAAAGGAAACAGAAAUUAAGUAUAACCAACUACGCCAAAGGCUCGCUGAGGAGGCAGCUACUGACACAGAGGAGAGAAAAGAUAAGAGUUAGUGAUAACGGAAGCGGCCGCUUAGCUGUUUCGUGGACAAAUGUAAGAGACAGAGGGAGGGUUUUACUGUGGUCAUCCUGCUCAAGCCCACGCCACACUCCGCUCAGCUGCUGCCCACCAGCUCCACACAGACAUCCCAGGCUUCGGCAGGGGGAACCCAUCCUCCUCUCAUUAAUUCUUCUUCACUGCCACACGCAAACUACUGUUAGGUUCAUCACAUCCCUGCAUCAUCUCUUUAAGAGAGUCUCCAAACUGUGCAAACAACAGGACACAACAUGUCCAA